AUGACAACUUUGAAAGGCGACAAUCCGGAUUCAAAAUUCUCAGUUAGACUUCUAAUGGAUGAAACAACAGAACACUCCUCUGUUUCAUUUUCAUAUUCAAAUUGGAUCUCCAAUGUCAAGAAAUCAACACUCGAAGCUUACAAAUCAAAACCUUUUUCACAUUGGAUUCUCUUGAUCCUCAGUGGCUCAUCAAUGCUCACAGCUUUCCCAGCUUCAAGCCUACUCUCUCGUCUUUACUUCUCCAACGGUGGCAAAAGCAAAUGGAUCAUCUCUUGGGUUGCUGUAGCUGGAUGGCCAAUCACUGUUCUCAUCUUACUUCCUACAUACAUCUUUCGAAAGAUCAAACCAACACCUCUCAACACAAAGCUCGUUCUUGCUUACAUCGUUCUUGGUUUCUUGAGUGCUGCAGAUAACCUUAUGUACGCUUACGCCUACGCUUACCUCCCUGCAUCGACUUCUUCUCUUCUUGCAUCGUCUUCCCUUGCGUUCUCUGCUUUGUUCGGCUAUCUCAUUGUGAAAAACCCCAUGAACGCUUCGGUUAUCAACUCCAUUGUGAUCAUCACCGGUGCUAUGGCUAUAAUAGCGCUUGACUCGAGCUCUGAUCGUUACGAUUACGUAAGCAACCGUCAGUACUUUGCAGGUUUCUUCUGGGACAUAAUGGGAUCUGCGCUUCACGGUCUCAUUUUCGCGUUAUCAGAGCUUGUCUUUGUCAAACUCCUCGGAAGAAGGUCCUUCCAUGUUGCUUUGGAGCAGCAAGUGAUGGUUUCUUUAGUAGCUUUUGCGUUUACCACUCUUGGGAUGGUUGUGAGUAAAGAUUUCUCAGGGAUGGCUCAAGAAGCUAAGAGUUUCAAAGGCGGUGAGUCUCUGUACGUUCAGGUUCUUGUUUGGAGCGCUGUCACGUUUCAGUUGGGCGUUCUUGGAGCGACUGCGGUCUUGUUUCUUGCGUCCACGGUCAUGGCAGGAGUUCUUAACGCAGUGAGAGUGCCUAUCACGAGCGUAGCUGCUGUGAUAUUGUUGCAUGAUCCGAUGAGUGGUUUCAAGAUUUUGUCUUUGAUCUUGACGUUUUGGGGAUUCAGUUCUUACAUCUAUGGGAGCUCGAGCUCGUACACAAGUACUCAAGCUUCCUCUUCUUCCUAG